AAGGAAUUAGACAAAAAGGAUGAAAAGAUUAAAAGCUUAGAAAAUUUUAUUGAAUUCAUUGAAAAAGGUAAAGAUAGUUACAUUGAAUAUUUAAAAAUGGAAGUAAGAUCAUUAAAAAAUGAAAGUCAUUCAAAACCUCAAGAUGAUACACAUCCAAAUCCAUCAAUGUCAAAUACUACUCAUGUUCAACCAGAAAUAUCAUAG